CUCACACGGGCACGAAUCCUCCUCUCUGCUGCACUUUGAUUUUUUUUCUCCUGCUGCAGCAUCCUGACUCCUUUUCAAUUUCUCCACAUUUUGUGUAUUUUUAAAGUAUUGCAUUCCAGACCUCCUCUGCAACAGGUAUUUAACGAUUAUUUUUCCCCACACAGAUAUUUGUCCGAUGUUUGAUGGACACUGUUGAGGGGAGUUUAUGCUUCUUUUAAGCCGAAGUGCAGUGAUCAAAGCAAACAGUGGUUUAGCAAAGAUUUCGUCAAGAAACCAGCACGUUCUUGUUCAGAGUUAAGAAACAGACUGAGAGGAUGCUCACCGUUACGCGGAGUCGGUGCUGUUGGAUGUUGCCGCUGAUCGUCGCGUUUGUGCGGAUGGGAGAAACUCAGGGGACCGAGAGCGAAGCCCAGGUAAACUCCAUCAAAUCUCUGGAGCCGCAGCCCGCCGCCGCUAACCGCUCCGGCGCUUCAUACAGCGGCAUCCCGAAGAAGAGCAACAUUCCAGCUCAGGGUUACCCAUGCAGCAGUGAUAAAGAGUGUGUGGUGGGAACGUACUGUCAUAGCCCUCAACACGCACCGUCCCGCUGCCUGUCCUGCCGCAGGAGGAAGAAGCGUUGCCACAGAGACAACAUGUGUUGCCCGGGAAACCGCUGCAGCAACUAUGUCUGCAUCCCGAUCUCAGAGAGUGUCCUGUCCUCACACAAAACCUCUAUGGAUGAGAACAACAAGUUUUCCAUCAAGGAGAAGAAUUGGAAGAAGAAUGGGAAACCUCACGCCAAGAUCUCUCUCAAAGGUCACGAAGGCGACCCUUGUCUGCGAUCGUCCGACUGCUCGGAGGGCUACUGCUGCGCCCGCCACUUCUGGACGAAAAUCUGCAAGCCCGUCCUGCGGCAAGGCGAAGUCUGCACCAAACAGCGCAAAAAAGGCUCCCACGGCCUGGAGAUCUUCCAGCGCUGCGACUGUGCCAAAGGACUAGCCUGCAAGGUAUGGAAAGACGCCACCUCCUUCUCCAGGUCCAGGCUGCACGUGUGCCAAAGGAUCUAACAGGGGACAUUGCAUACAAAACAAGCCGCACCUUGGGGGUUCUGCGUCCCGCUGGGAGAGGGGCGGACGAGGACUUCUUUUCUCCAGGACUUACUUUGCUGUGAUUAAAAAGGGUGAGAUACAGAUGAAUGUGUGCCAGAACAGGGUGGGUUUGGGACUUGAAUGAAGUGAAACGGUGGAUGCUCAGAGUUUGGAAGCAUUCCGGGCAUCUUUUCUGGAGGUUUUAUUGAUUUACAAGCCAUUUUUAUCACUGAUAAAGUGCCGCCAUUAAUGGUUUAAGUGUCUUUUAGGAUCUAAAUGCUCUGAUUUGUUUUUGUUUUGACAGUAGAAUUUCCCAUGCACAAUUUUUCAUUACAUAACCACUUUAAUAUUAAAAGAGAUUAGUUAACUCAUUUAAAAAAAACUGAGUAGACCUGUUUCAUCAAAAGCGACAAGUUGAUUUUACUUUAAAAACAGUUUGGAACAAAUAUGUUGACUUAAUUUUUACAAUUAUGCUCAUAGUUCAUUAACCUAAUCAUUUAGCACAAGGGGAUUACUCACUUUUUUAUGUUAAGUUAACUAAUCGCUUUGAAUCAUUGAGAAAAUCUGUUGAACAGUUGAGUUGACUUAACUUAAUAUUUACAAUUAUGCUCAUAGUUAAUUUACCUAAUCAUUUAGCACAAGGGGAUUACUCACUUUUUUAUGUUAAGCUAACUAAUCACUUUGAAACAUUGGGAAAAUCUGUUUAACAGUUGAGUUGACUUAACUUAAUAUUUACAAUUAUGCUCAUAGUUCAUUUACCUAAUCAUUUAGCACAAGGGGAUUACUCACUUUUUUAUGUUAAGUUAACUUAUCGCUUUGAAACAUUGAGAAAAUCUGUUGAACAGUUGAGUUGACUUAACUUAAUAUUUACAAUUAUGCACAUAGUUCAAUUACCUAAGCAAUUUCAGGACAUUUCACGCUUUUUAAUGUUGUCAACUAAUUGUUUAAAAGCAACAAGUUUUCUCACUUUUUUAGAAUAAAGCUAACUAAAUGCUUUGAAACCCAGAAAUUCUGUUGUAUCUUUGGAACAGUUGACUUAACUUAAUUUUUACAAUUAUGCACAUAGUUCAUUUACCUAAUCAUUUUAAGGCAAUGGGAUUAUUCACUUUUUAUGUAGUCAACUAAUCGCUUUUAAAGCAACAGGUUUUCUCAUUUUUUUGAGUAAAGUCAACUUAUCGCUUUAAAAAGUGAGAAAAUCUGUUGUAUUUUGGAAUAGUUGAGUUGACUUGACUUAAUUUUUACAAUUAUUCCCAUAAUUGUUUUACCUAAUCAUUUUAAGGCAACAGCAUUUCUCAAUUUUUUAUGUAGUCAACUAAUCGCUUUUAAAGCAACAGGUUUCUCAUUUUUUUGAGUAAAGUCAACUUAUCGCUUUAAAAAGUGAGAAAAUCUGUUGUAUUUUGGAAUAGUUGAGUUGACUUGACUUAAUUUUUACAAUUAUUCCCAUAAUUGUUUUACCUAAUCAUUUUAAGGCAACAGCAUUUCUCAAUUUUUUAUGUAGUCAACUAAUCGCUUUUAAAGCAACAGGUUUUCUCAUUUUUUUGAGUAAAGUCAACUUAUCACUUUAAAACAUUGAGAAAAUCUGUUAAAUCUUGGAAGAGUUGAGUUGACUUUUUACAAUUAUGAACAUAGUUUGUUUACCUAAUCAUUUUAAACCAACUGGAUUGCUCACUUUUUAUGUAAUCAACAAAUCGUUUUAAAACCAACAGGUUUUCUCACUUUUUUAGAGUAAAGUCAACUUAUCGCUUUAAAACAUUGAGAAAAUCAGUUUUGACUUGGAACAGUUGAGUUGACUUAAUUUUGCAAGUAUGCACAGUUCAUUUAGCUAAUCUUAUCAAGGCAACAGGAUUACUCACAUUUUUAUGUCAAGUCAGCUUAUCGCUUUAAAAGCAAUGGUUCUAUUCAUUUUUCUUUUAGUAAAGUCAACUUAUCGCUUUUUACUGCAUCAUUUUAUUUGUUACAUUAAUAACUUUGGGUUUCUUUCAUUAUCAUUUUAUGUUUAAAUUUUCUUAAUUUUUUUAUUUUUGUAGACUAAAUUUCAAACAUCUGCCCUUCUGAAAGUGCACUUUUGUAUUUGCUUGUGUGAUUCAUAAAAUCCAAACAGAAGAAUAUACGGUAGCCACACGUUAGGAAUAUAAUAAUUAGAUUUACUCAAUGGUCAUAGAUGAGAUCAGAAAUACUCAAUCAUCUUUGAUUAUCGAGGGAAGUUGUUUACAGUUUGAAUGCACAGUGAAUGUGCAAAUGACUUCAUAAAUCAGUCCACACUUUUGCUCUGUAAAUAUUUUACACCGGCUUUUAGCUAGAAUAUAAAAAAAUACAAAUAAAAAACUAAUAAGCUCUUAUAUUGUAAAUAAAAUAAAAAAUGUAUUUAAGAAAAAGUUGUAUAUCAUGUAUAUAUUGGUUAAAAGGAACAGAGGGGGGACGUGAAUAAAGUAGCAUAAAACGUUUUUUUAACUUGUCAUAGCAUGGUGUUUUAUCUGUUUCCUCAAACUCAGUUUUUCACACCGCAGACAUGAAAAUCCCCACGCAGAACUAUUUCUAUUAAGUUAUUUUCAAACCAUGUUUCUUCACAGAGCUCAAGUUGUAUGUAUGUUCAAUGUCUGCUUUUCCCCAUCUAGAAAUCUGAUCUAUGGCAAUAUAUGCAAAUCACAUAUACUACAAAUAUACAAGUUUGGAUUCCGCAUAUCUAAAAUGUCAUAUAUUUCAAAAUAUUGGAAAAUAAUGUUCAUUUACAUAUAUUUCUCUAUUUAAAUUAGAAAUAUGUACAUAUAUGUUUAAAUAUAUUAGCUAUAAUUUUGUAUAUAUAUAUUAUGUUCAUAUAUGGCUAUAUAUCAGAUUUUCAUAUGGGCCCGGGUUAGUCCAUUUUUUUUUGUUUCUGUUGUAACAGUGCUGUUAUUUCUCAUUGUGUAUUUACAGUGAUUUAAGCAGAUUAAAGAAUGUAUUUUGUAUUACAA